UGGUUUUGCCUUUUUCCAACAAGAUGUUUCAUUCAGGGAACAUCAUAAACUGAUUUUUUUUUUCUGUUUCGAUUAUUUUAUUUUGAUCUGAUUUUGUUUUGCUCAUCGUUUUGUUCACCCGCUCCCUCAAAUGUCUUGUUAAAAUAUAUAAAUAUAUAUAUAAAAUAUAUAUAUAUAUUAAAAUAGUGAAAAAAUGUAUUUCCUCCAUUGUCUUUUUGUUUCAUUUCAGUCAUAAUUUGUGUGUGUGUGUGUGUGUGUGUGUGUGUGCGCGUGCAGUUGUGCUUGUUUGUGGACUAGUUGGGUGGAGGUUUAUUUGUAGGUCUAAUCUUGGAUCUGCUCAAGCACAGGCCCAGCUUUGUCUCUUAUGAGUAUCCCCUCAGAACUUCAUCCAGCUUUGAGGUGAUUUACUGGAAGAAAUAGCUUCUUCAGCAACGCUUACAUUAUUAUGUCAAUUGUUAUGUUGUCAGAUUCUACAGAUGGUCACAGGCAUUGGGCGUUUAAGUAUUGUUUUUAAGGACCUGUUUUUCUCCACAAUGCCUUUAGUUAGCCACUAGAUGCCGCUACAUACUUAGGAGUGUUGGAUACAACCUGCACGCUGCUAAGUGCAAAGUCACUGGCCCACACCAAAGUCAAGCACCCAUCCCAAAUGCGCAUCAUUGUAUAUACAGUGCAUUGUUUGGACCAUUGCUGUCUUUCCAUAAUACUUUGAACACAUCAAACGAUAACCCCUUUUCCUUUUUAAACAGAAAGGCAGCUGAAUCUGUAUAGCCUUCCAACUCACGUUUUAUCACACCUUCAAGGAAGGACAACCACGGCAGCUUUAAAAAAAUAAUUUCGCAGCGUAGUGUUAUGCUCCUCAUUUGAAUGUGAUAAACAAUCACGAAUGUCACAUCUCAGUGCUGGUGUAUGUAUUGUGCUUUAAUCAAAAUUCGGGAAUUGGAGAGAUCUCGCCUGAAAAGGAUUUUAGUUUUUAGACAUCUGUUGCGAAUUGCAAUUGUAACAGGUGUUAUUUGCUACAAUAUAUAUAGCUUGUAAUAUUUGUUAUUAUGUUAGUAAACUCUUUACUUGACAAAAGAAGUCUCUGUUUCUUCAUUCUGGUGUGAUGUCAGUGUUUAUAAACAGCACUAUUUCGCAGCAGUUUCUAGUCCAAGUAAACAUAUUAGUGUGGUUCCUGUCAGAAGCUGUAGCCUACCAGUCAAUUUGGUCUCCGCCCCUCAAUUAAUCAAUUAGGGGAAAUCAGCCAACUUUUCUGAGCUUUUAAAAUGUCUAACUAACCAACGCUGUAAUGGAAUUUAGGUAGCUGCAGGGCUGUUCAGGUGAGUUCGCUUUCUCCGGUUGCAGUCAUGGCUCAAACCGGAUUCUGCGAUUCCAGGCCUCUGUUGGACCUACACAAAAAGGCUGAGGACAAGCGUGUUCCUUUGAGGACUUGGGCUAACGCUUGUCCACCGAAAGAGCGUCGGGCUCAAGUGGAGGAAUUUACUUCAAUGGGAACUUUUCUGAAUCCAGACCAGGACCAUAGAUGGGUACAUGGGUUGCAUAUCCCCGCAGGAGAUGGCUUUAUGGACUACUCUAUACCGAUUGCCCCAAGAAGUUCAGAUUGCGGCGAGGAGCCCCUGUUGUGGCGUAUUUCGGGGCUUCAGCACAUGCUGGUUCCGGGCCUCCUGCGACAUGAGAUGGAGCUGGCCAUGAGCAGGCUAGGGCUCAUCUAUGACCGGACGUACGCCUGGGAUAUUUUUACAAACAUGAUGAGGAGUCAGAUACAGCACCCGUUUGCUAGUGCAGAGCUACCUGGGGCCUACUCUGAGAAGACGCUGGCGAUCUUGAUUGAUUGGCUCAUCCAGGUCCAUGAGGUUCUGCACUUCUCUGAGGAGACUCUGUACCUGACCGUGUAUCUGCUAAACCGAGCGGUCCGCCUGCUUAAUGUGUCCAUCUCCAACUUGCAACUCCUGGGUGUGGUCUGUCUCUUCCUUGCAGGCAAGAAGGAGGAGUGUUUACUUCCAGAGGUGUCGGAGCUGUGUCAUCUGAUGGAAAACACCUACACCCCACACCAGCUGCUCAGAAUGGAGCGGCGAGUUCUCUGUGGCCUGAAGUUUGAGCUCUCCUACAUCCCACCCCUGCACUUCCUGCUUCUCUCUACGUCCAUUGCCCGAUGUAGUGACCAGAUGGUGUGGAUGGCCAGAUACCUGUUGGAGCUGUCCCUGCUGAAGGCCCAGUGUGUGGUGUACCAGCCCAUCCACCUGGCUGGUGCCGCCCUCCAGCUGGCACGCUGUGUGCUGCAGGAACCGCCCACCCCUGAGGGCGAGACGGCCUGGUGCAUCAGCUCCAGCAUCUUCGUGGGCAGUGAGGCUACUCUCCUGGCGAUUAUGAGGAUUCUUGCCCAAGCUGCCGCCAGAGCACCCAUUGGAAACACCCGUGCCUCCUUCCUCAAGUUUUCCACCAAAGAAACAUUGCAUGUCAGCAAGCACAUGGCCUUGAUGACUGCCCCCUGUCUCCUCAAGGUGCCUGGUCUGCCGAACUAGGGAUCUUUACAACAACUGUUGCCUGUAAGGGUUGGAAGGCCCUCCUGCGGACUUGUUUGCAGGAAUGCUUUGCUUCAGUCAUCUUUUGCUAAAUCGUUCUGUACUCUGUCAUCCCUUACACAUGUUGUGGGAUGUUGGAAUAUAACGAGGAGCCUAUACUUGUCAGUGCACUGUAUUUUAGGUAUUUAAAAUGUCUAGUUUUAAGUGUUGCAGUGUCUUGUCUGGUUCUGCCCAACCAAUGUGAAAAAGGGUGACUUAAUUUCUGCAAUUUAAAAAUGUACUUGUUUGUAGUCUACUGAAUGUUUUUUUUUAAUGUGAAAAAAUAAAUAUACCUGCUGCUUCUGAAUAUUUACA